AUUUAGCCAAUCAUAUCGCGGUAAAUGAUCGCAUACAAUAAGACCAACCUCUAGCUGCGCAGAUAAAAUUCAAUUGCUGUAACCCCUACUUGCGCAGAAAUUAUUUUACCAUUCAAUGAAAGUUUAUGCAACGUACAUCAGUAAUAGAGACUACUCUCCCUCAGAGCACUUAGUAGUCCACGAUUUUGUCAACCAGAGUAAUUAAGAAAUUUUUAAUUUAUAAUUAUACUAUUGGUUUCGAGUUUCCAUCAUAUAGACUAAAAUAUUUUGUUGAAUUUUUGCGGGGAUAUUCAAUUUUGCAGACACAUUUAAUGAUAAAUUUUACCAUAGAUAAUUUUUUGUUCCAUCAUGGGUAGAAUUUAAUUUUUUUUAUUAUGAUAGCGUUUAUUUGUGCUCUGGAUUUGUUGAUGGAAAUUAAAAGUUUAUUGAGAUCUGUUAUACUUUCGAAAAUUUCAACACAAGAGAGAAUGUAUAUCAAUAAACGUUGGACAGGCAGGUGUACAAAUAGGCACAAAAUGUUGGGAACUAUAUUGUCUGGAGCAUAAAAUAAAACAAGAUGGCGAAAUAAAUUUAGACAGAAAAAAUUCAUGUCUUGACGAUGUCGAUAGUAUCGACACAUUUUUUGCUCACACAACGCAAGACAAAUAUGUGCCACGUGCGAUAAUGUGCGAUUUAGAGCCAACGGUUAUUGACGAAUUUCGAAAUUCCGAGUAUCAAAAAUUGUUUCAUCCCGAUCAAUUAAUCUGCGGUAAAGAAGACGCCGCUAAUAAUUUUGCGCGAGGCUACUAUACCGUUGGUGAAAAACUACUAAAUACAGUCACGGAAAAAAUUCGAAUACUCGCUGAGAAUUGCAAUGGAUUAAUGGGAUUUCUGAUUUGUCAUUCUAUCGGCGGAGGAACUGGGUCAGGUUUUACUUCAUUAUUAAUAGAACAUCUUUGCCAGACGUUUCCUAAGAAAAGUAAAUUGGAAUUCGUUAUUUAUCCAUCGCCGAAUAUGAGUACUGCAGUAGUCGAACCUUACAACGCAAUACUUUCGACGCAUUUGUCGUUAAAUGAAAAUUUAUGUGCUUUUAUGUUUGAUAACGAAGCGCUCUAUGAAGUUUGCAGACAGAAACUAGAUCUAGAUCGACCUAAAUAUUCUAAUUUGAAUCGGUUAAUCAGUCAGGUCGUGUCAUCGAUAACAGCGAGUUUAAGAUUCGAAGGAUCAUUAAACGUCGACUUGUCAGAAUUUCAAACAAAUCUAGUGCCAUUUCCUCGUAUACAUUUUCCAUUAUGCGCUUAUUCUCCCGUAGCCAGUGCUGCCAAAGUUGAUCACAACACAAUGACUAUUUCCGAAUUAACAUCCGAAUGUUUCGAUACUUCAAAUUCACUAGUUAAAUGUAAUUUACAACAUGGAAAAUAUAUGGCAUGCUGUCUAUUGUAUCGAGGUGACAUUGUGCCAAAAGAUGUCAAUUACGCAAUUGCCUGUAUUAAACAAAAACGUACGAUACAGUUCGUCGAUUGGUGUCCGACUGGUUUCAAAGUUGGUAUCAAUUAUCAAGCGCCAACUGCAGUAGCCAAUGGUGACAUGGCGUCAGUUAAUCGUGCCGUUGCGAUGCUGAGCAAUACGACGGCCAUAAGUGAAGUCUGGAGUCGCUUGAAUCGCCGAUUUAAUUUGAUGUAUCGAAAAGGCGCAUUUCUGCAUUGGUACCAAAGCGAAGGAAUGGAAAUGAUGGAAUUUUCCGAAGCGCGGGAUGAUUUGGCGGCACUGGAGCUUGACUACAAAGAAAUAACUUGUGAUUUAAAUUGUCAGGAUGUGGAUAAUGAAUUUUAAUAGAAAUUUUUUUGUAAUUUUGGAGUUUUUUAUUUGCUCGGAAAUAUUUUUAUAAUUUUUU